UUUUUCACAUUACCAUAACAGGGCCAUGGAGGACAGCUUGGAGGAGUUAGUUGAAAAGUGCACGGCACAGAAAGUGUCAGUAAGACUGCCUGCAUACCGUGCUUUAGUGCAGAAAUGUACAGAAUCAGAUGAAGUUGUUUGGAGUGAUUAUGCAUCCCAGGAUGACACACAGAAGACGUUAUCCAACUUGAAAGCAGAUCUUUUUCAUGAAAAUUGUGAUGUCAGUUAUGAAGCUGCAGGACUCUGUGGAUGUCUUUUAGCAAAUGAGACUUUUCGUAGUCUACUAACAAAAGAAAACGAAGGCCAAGCAUUGGAUAUGCUGAUUAAAGCUAUAGGUGAAACCAAGGAGAAGAAAGUACUCACCAGAACAUUAUGGAGUUUGGGGAAAAGCAGAUUAAGCCAAGAAGUGUAUGUAGAGAGACUAAAGAAGAUACUAGAGACUAUCAACAAUGUGCUCAAGGUUGAAGAUGGAUCUGCAGUAGCAGUUCUUGAAGCUCUGCAAGUUUUUGAGUCAUUGUUGAAGUUAAUCCCUGAUGAAAUGAACAAAGAGACUAAGGAAUGGUUCCCUAAUGUCUUUGUCUUUUUAUUUCAUGAUGCCUUGAGAGUUCGCAUGUCUGCAUUUGCGUGCAUAUCCAUUGGCAGAUCCUUUUUAAUAACUGAGGACUUGAAGUCAGAUAUCCUAAAAUUGAUAAUACCAGACCUCAAAGCUAAGCAUUGUAAGACUAUGAAUCGACUCAUAGGAGCAGAAUGCACUGAUGUAUUGAAAGAAUGGAGACUCAUUGUUGAAAUUCUUGGAAAAGAACUUCACCCAGGAACUUCUCUUAUCAAUGGGUUGUUAGAAGUUGUCGAGAAAGGAUUCAAGAGCGUUAAAGCAGAGAUAAGAAUUGAGGCGUUUAAAUGUUGGCAGUCUCUUAUUGAUAACUUUUCACUUGAUGAAGCCGUCCUUACACACUCAAAAAGAUUAAAAUUACUCUUAGCUCCCCUUAAGGCUAAUAAUGCAAAAACUGAAGAUAUAGCCUUAGCAAAAUUACUGUCUUGGUGGCAUCUUGUAUGUAAAUUAGGUAAAAAGGCAACCAGCAACUUUGACUUGGUAAUAGCACCUCUUCUAAGAUUCUGUUUUGGGUGUGGGGCACCAGCAAGUGGUGCUGCAUCUGGUCUAUCUGAGAGGAAUCUGAUCAUGUCAGGAGCUGCAGCUUCACCAGGAAGGAAAUUUUCUGGCCUUCAUGUAACUUGUGCAGAAAUUCUAGGACAGAUACUUUCAACUGGAUUAAAUAUUUCAGGACUCCAACCAUUCUCCUUUACAACACCAAUCCUAGAAUAUCCUGUGAUACCAAAUCAAGUGCUAUUUAUCAGAAAUUAUCAGUUCUUUAUGAGUUGUGUAAAGGAAGCAGUACAAAGUCUUAAUUCUCAAGAAAGGAAGCAGUGUCUCCUUGGUAUAUUCUUGUUUCAGUCCGUCCUUGCCCACUUGAGAGUAGUUAUUACAACAGAUGUCAGUAAAAAGGACUCUGUGGAACCAGUUAAAGAACUGUUUACAAUUAUCUCUGCUAUAGAAAGUCAGUGUCGUCCAGGAGACUCUCAAAGCCAGUUCGUGUACAAGUUCCUAGAGCUGGUUAUUGUUGGAUCCUUGGGACUUCCAAAAACUGUGCUAAACUCCCGUCAGUAUCAUAUUUCAACUGGAAACACAAUGAGAGACAUGAUGAGUGGGACUCUGAACAACUAUUUGAUCCAUGAACUAUGCAAACCCACAUUAUUGCACUAUGCUACAUCAAGGGAAGGGUAUUUUACAAUGUGGCUAGAGGUACUGGCAAAUAGUAGGCCAGCAACGGGGAAGCUUGGACUACUUCAGUCUGUAGUGAAGGAACUGGAUGCUGCAGCCCCAAUUUUGUGUCCUGCACACCCAAAUACCUUAGCAAGACUUUGGUCAUCUGUUGUCAAUCAGCUUCUGCAACAUAUUGAAGAGACUCAGGUGAUUGAUCAGGGUGAUGGUUCAGAACAUGACUGGAGCUUGGUUCAUAGUCCAGCAAAGCCUCGAAAGAAGCCACAUGCAUUACAUAACUUGGCUGGAAGUGUUGCUUUAAUCGGAAUUCUUUUAAACCGAGUACUUCGGAUGGUUUCCAACCAAAGGCAGCAUGCAGCUUCCAGACUCUGUGAAGCACUUACUCAGAUCUUCAAAGGUGUUCAGCAAGAAAAAAUUAUAAAUUCUCUAGUGCUACAUGUUGUUGACACUUUGGCUGCAGCCUUACAAGUAAACCCUGCUGCAAAGUUUGGAGUGGAGGUUGAAAAGAAAUUUAUUAGUAUGUUCAAGAGUUUUGGCAGCCUUUUGGAUGAGCAUUUUGGCAGGGCUAUUUCUUCAGACCAGUUUAUUAAACUGGUGCCACUGCUGACUGUUAGUCUCUCUUCGACUAACAAACAUAUCAAGCAGGAAGCAAAAAGGAUAUGGAGGAAUAAUUUCUCAGAAAUCAAACAGGAUAUUCCUUCAGAAUUAUUUGAACGAUUGAAGGAAUGCAGUUUACCACCAGCAAGCUUAACUGACCCACACGAGGAUGCAGAGGAGCACACAUAGCUGGAAGUUUUCUCAAUAGAGAAAUGGGACAAGAAGUUAUGCACAAAAUUACUCCGAAGGGUAAAUCUCAGAAAUUUGAGACUCCCAAGUCUUUGAAAGCAAGUCAGGGCACACCUAUUAUAAAAGAUAAGAGUAAAAGAAAAAUUAACCUUGAGGAUAUGAAUGAUGAGGAGUUUGUUAAAGUGUCAUCUCCGAAACCAUCACGCAGAGUCUUAACAGAACAUCAGAUAGAAAGAAUGACAGAAAGGAGGUCAGACAUCCCAGCACUGUACUCAGACCUCUCACAGUCUAUGUCACAAGCAGUGUUGCCUACACAAUUUUCUUCUCAGAAUUCCUUUGAAGAGUCAUCUUCUGUUAACACUGAAAAAUCAAGAGAAAAACUAGAUGAAGCAGGUCAAAAGACUGCAAAAUCAAUGCAAGCAGAAGAAAGAGAGGAUGAUAAAAAAGAAGAGAAGGAAGCCAGUAUUGAAACCAAUCCUGGAGAACUGUCUUUCAGUGGCUUGUUCCCAUCAGAAAACCAAGAGCCUGAAAUAUCCAAGGAAUCAGAAAAGAAAUCUGAAAGAAACACCAAAGCAAAAUUUGAGAAGCCUAAACCUAAAACCAAAAAGAAAUUCCAACAGGAAAUCAGAGCUGAAGAAGUUGACAGUGUUGUUACAGACAAUGUUGAGGAAACUCUUAAGAGCAGAACUGUAGAGGAAUCCAAAGACCUUAAUAAAGUAAAGGCUGAUGAGGAUAUAAAUGGAGGAGAAAGUAUAAAGGAACAAGAAUCUUCAGCAAAGAAUAAUACAAAGAAAGGUAAAGGUGUCAAAGAAAAUGUGGAAGAUAGAAAGACUCGAAGUAAGAGCAAAGAAAGUUUCGAUACAGAUGAAAAAUCCAUAUCCAAAGAGUCAGAGAGCAGAGAAUCUUUGAACUGUGGCAAAAAAGGAGAUAAUGAAACCAGUCAACAAAACAGGUCAUUAGACAGCAUGUCUUCUGAUUCUGGUGACUCCUCAGUAACUGAACAAAAUCGAAGAAAAUCACAAACUCCAGUAAAAAAGACAGUCGAAGAUGUCAGGAAGUCAUUGAAAGGAAAGGAGGUAGCUGUAUCUCCUAGUGUAGUCAAGGAUUGUAAAAUAGUCAAUCAAAUCCCUGAAGUAAAGUUAAUCAACAAUGCAGGAGUGUUACAUAAUAGAGGGAAAAUAUCUGAUAGUGACUCAGAGGAAGAAAUACCCAAUUCGCAAGUUGAAGAGCCAAAACAGCAACUAUUAGUUUUCAAUAUUAUCAAUAAAGAAAAAGAGGACACCCCUGGAAAGAAUACAAGAAAAAGAGUUAAUGAAAGUGUUUCUCACAGCAUUGGAGGAAAACAGAGUUCAAGUGAGGAUUCAGUGAUUAUAAUAGAUGAAAAAGGUAGCUCAGAUAGUUCAAGUGAGAAGAAAAGUGAUGGUGGAGUCGAGGUGAAAAAUAUUGAUAAGAAUAUAAAAAGAAACAAGAAGACAAGAUCUCAAUUAGACACAUCUCGGAAAAGUUCCCAGAGUAGUCAGAAUAGUGAAAAUGUGCAUGAUUCAGAGGGCCUCCCAUCCACCCCUCCUAAAGUAACAAGAUCAGGAAGGAAAGUUGUGGCUCCAAACAAGGAUAUGCCAGAGCCUAUGACACCACCUGGUAGUGCCAGUCAGAAGAGAAGAUCAAAAUCUCAGGAAUCUCUAAGUGUAUCUUAUGUGGGGGAUGAUGUUCCAAAGGUGACAGAAAAACUGAAUUCUACUUCACCUAAAGAUCAUGUUCCCUCCACAAGGAGGUCAGUGCAGAAGAAAAUAACAGAUAUGUUUGUGAAAGAUGAUGGAGAUAGCCAAGAUGUAGAUGAUGACAGUCUUCCAGAAAUGGAGGAUAUGGAUUGUGAUACUGUACAUUCUAUUAGUGACAGUGAGAAUGAUGAAGUUCCACUUAAGAGUAUGCCCAGUGCUGCUCCUGAGAAAGUACAGGAGUGUGAUAAAGGUGAUAAUCAGGAAAAAUCUGUAAUAGAGAAAGAAGAGUCAAAGGUCUCAGAGGAACUAUUUGAAACUAGCUGUGUGGAAAUUUUAAAUUCAGAAGUCAAUGAGAACAAAACCUCUGAUAAUGAAGAAAUUAGUGAUGAAGAAGUUGAGGUAGAACAAGAGCAUGAAGCCAAGAGUUCUGAGUCUGGGAAGCCUUUAGAUGUGGAUGAAUUUGAUGAUGAAGAAACUUUGGAUGCAGAUGAGAUAGAUAAUCAGAAUGAAAAUAAGGAAAGUAAGGAUCAUGAAGUAGAAAGUGAAAAUCUUGAUGAUAGUGACAAAUGUGAUACAAAGCAGAAUAUGGCAGAAACAGCUGUCGAAGAUAAAGAAGAAGAAAUAGAAGACUUUGAGAAGAGAGAUGGAGAGUCUAUGUCAGAAGAUCCAGUAAAUUCAUUUGAGAAUGGACAGGCACUUAAUGAAGAAAUUAAAGAAAUAGACAAAGAACCAACCAGGAAAAGUAACAAGGACAAGGACAGAUUUGCUGUAGAGACCUUAACAGAAAAUAAUUCUCUUCCACGGCAACAGGAAGAUGAGUUGUCUCCCGAGAAACCUGUGCGAUCAAAACUUUCAACAGCUGUAGGUACCCCAGAAAGACAGAAGAAGUUUGGUGCUCUUAAAUGUGCUGGUUCAAGAGCAGCGAUGUUAGUGGCAUGUGCCAAGCAGAACAUGAAGAAUCGUGGAACCAGUGAUGGUGAUGGAACAAGAAAUCGCCUUGGUGGAUCUCCAAUUCGGAGAAGUGCGCCUGGCCGGAUGUCCCCAGCCAGUACUCCACCCAACCGCAAGAGAAAGUUUGGAGAUAGUGAUGGUGGGAAACCUUGGGUGAAGCAUGAACCAUCCCCUGGAGCAUCUCCCUCCACAAGUAUAUUGAAAAAGCCGGCACUAGAUGAUGUUUGUAAUGACACUCCAUCACCUCCACCUUCUAAGCAGAGACGAGUUAGUUUUGCUGAUCCCCCAGUUUCUGACCGUGUGGAAAUUCCUCCUUCACCAAAGACCCUUAGGGGCUUGCGUGCACAAAAAAGAUUAGACAUGACCAAAGCUGCAUCCCCAAUUAAAGAUGAUGAGUCACAGAGUCAAAAUGAGUCUCAAGAGGGAGAAUCACAGGUAUCAUUUGAUUGCAGUCAGCCUCUCUAUCCUAGUCUGGUCAAUUGUACAGAGAACCUUGAUGCCAUUAUUUCACAACUCACAUCUGCUGGACUAAUUGAUGGACUGAAGAAAGUUUUAGAAGACCUAGGGGUAACAACAGUUGGCCAAUUUUGCCAGUUGACUGAAGCGGAUGUCAACAAGCUGCCAGUGCGAGCACCCAAAGUUUCUAGUACCUUAAAAGUCAUCAAGAAAUAUGAUGAAACAAAAUCAAGGGAAAGUAAAAAAAGUACAGAGCCUGUAAUGGAUGAAGUGGAAGCCCAGUUGAGUCAGAUAUUUGCAGAAGAUGAUCGAGAAGAUAAGGAGAACCAACGCCCUAAUAACCAAGCAAAGGUUAAGAAGAGUAUAGAUGAAGUGUCUGCUGUACUCAUGGAUGAUGUUAUUGAGGAUAGUUUAGAGAAUAUGGAGCCAGAGGAGGAUAAUCAGAUUGAUGCCGACUGUAGCAAUGACUUGCCCCCAAGAUUAGGUGAUGAAGAUUUGGAAGUUGAUGACGAUGUAAUGCCCCUUGAUCCAUCUCCUGACAAUGCAGAUGAAGUAUCUGAACCAGUUAGUGCUGUUUGUAGGCAUAUUGCAGAAAAUCCAUCAGCAAUUGAAGAUUUAGUAGAAACAUUAGACUUGGAAGCUAAGAAGACUCUCUUCAGUAGUUUACUAAAUAAACUGAGAUAUCCAUUUGUUAUUGGCUGUUAUUAUGAGUAUUUGAAAAAUAGAGAAAGUGACACUAACACCUGAACUUUAACUUUCUCCUAUUUUAAGAAAAUGUAUAUCAUUAGUCCAUAUUUUUAUAUACUGUAAUAGUUUAAACAUGUUGAUCACAGUUGGGUCUCCAGUGACCUUGUGGAAGUUUUCUUGGAAUUUCAUUGUACAGUUAUUAUUAGGUUUUGUUGUUUCAGCUUUGUCUAGGCAUAUGGAUGCCCAGAGCUACCUGAAAGUCUUUUUCCUCCCACAAAAAAUAGCCUUGUAUUUGUAUUGAUGUCUGGAGUACAAAGCUUUAAAAAGUGCUUAAGUUUGUGUUUGAAUUUUAGUUAAGUGUAGCUGAAAACUAACAUAACUGAAAGUUGAAUAUUUGGAUUAUGCAAUCAUAUUUACAGGUGCUUUUCACAUCAAACUUUUGAUACUCAAGAAAUUGACUCCCAGUUUCUAAAAACUAGUAUUGGUCUUAUGUGAAAAGCACCUGCUUGUAAUUGAUUUUACACUAGAAUGUAUAGAUAUUGCAUAGAAAUUUGCAUUACAAGGGAAACACAGCCAGUGAUGUUUGAGGGCCCAGUUAUUGUGCUCUCCUAUAAUUCUUUUUACAUUUUAUGUCAUCACCUGUCUAUUGCAUACAUGUUCUCGGUUAGAAGCAUUUCAUUUGUGAUAUUUCAGAAUUUUAUUUUAAAAGUCAAAGCACUGUCAUUGUUUUACAUGUAUGUAUUAUUAUUACAUUCCCAUUCAAUAAAGCUUUUAUAUGAAAA